AUGUUGAAUAAAUCAUGUUAUUUGUGUCUCCAAGUCAUCAACGAUCCAUUUUUUGACUCAAAAUCUUUAGAAGAAGUAAAGGAACAGAUCGAAACCGUAUUCAAAAUUGAGCUCACAAAUGAUCCGGAAGAUGCCAAAAUUUGCCCAUUUUGUGCAGAUAAACUACAAAUAUCGCUUGAAUUAUAUCAAAUAAUCAUCGAAUCUCAAAAUUUACUGAGCCAACAGAAGGUAGAAUGUAAUUUAGAGCUCGUUAAAGUUGAGGAACCGACGAUAUCAGAGAAACUUCCUGUGAUAAAACUCGAAAGAAUUAUCGUAGAUGACCCAGUUUUGCCGAAAUUGAAGAAAAAAAGGGAGAAAACUUCACCGAAACAGCGGAAAAAGAAAGAAAAAUACGAUUUGGUUGAAGAAAUUUCGUUAAAAACAGAGAAAAUUGAUGACAACGAAGCUUUAGAAGAUGAAGAAAAGUCAAAAUCGAAGAAAAAUCGUGAAAAAGAUCGACCUUUGAGAUGCAAUCAGUUCAUCGACAAAGCUCAACUCGACGAAGAAGACCGCCAAAUCAAAGAAUUUUUCCAUUUCUCGUGUGAACAAUGCUCGGAAUCCUUCGAACGUUUCUUUUUAUACAAAAAUCAUCGAUACGAAAAGCACGGCGAUCCGAACGCUUCAAUUGUUUGUUGUGGUCUUCGUUUAAACAAGCGGAUUCGAUUGCUGGAUCACAUGAUUUUCCACACAAAUCCCUCGAUGUUCAAAUGUCCCGACUGUGACAAGCAACUUCAGAAUCGAACUCACCUCAGAGACCAUCGACAGCAACAUCAUCAGCUCCCAAAACGAAGCGGCGUCACCCAUCAAUGCGAAAUUUGCUCAAAAACCUUUCAGCGGAUACGAACUUUGCAAAAUCACAUGGACACCCAUUUGCCAAAACAUGAAAAAGAAGCGAAAAAACUCUUUUUGUGCAACGAAUGUCCCGGCGUUGCGUUCAAACUGAAAGCUCAAAUUGCGAGGCACAUGCGAAAAAUCCAUCUGAAGCUCUACAACUUCAUUUGCGACAUUUGUGCGAAAACUUUUAAGAAUAAAAAUGACUUUUUGUAUCACUACCGCAGCAUGCACGACGUGAAACCGCUCCCGAAAAUGAAGUGUCAUCUUUGUAACGCUCUGCUGCUGAACGAAAAGUGUCUCAAUGCUCAUAUCGCGAGAAUUCACAAGCAUGGCGGGCCUCACGAGUGUCCCAUUUGCGGUAAAAUAGCGCCAAGUAGUCAAGCGUUGAGGCAACACAGGAUUUAUGUGCACGAGUCGGAGCGGAAAUUCAAGUGCACGCAUUGCGGCAAGGGAUUCAAGCGGGAAGUUGAGAUGAAGGAACAUGUCACGACGCAUAUCGGAGGAGCGCUGUACACGUGUCAGUUUUGCGAGAAGACUUUUAAUUCGGGAGCCAAUAUGUAUGCGCAUCGGAAGAGAAUGCAUCCCGUGGAGCAUCAGAGGAUGGUGCAGGAAAAGUUGAAUAAAUGAAAAAUUUAAUU